GCCAAAGCAUUUGGAAGCAUCAUCCAUCCAUCCACCCUACUCUCUCUUACCUAGGCUCCCACACCCUCUUACCUCAAAGCGAGGCAGCAGCUAGCGGCGGCGCAGCAGCAAGAAGAGAGGAGGAGGAGGUGAUAGGACAUGGCGUCGAUGAUGGGAGGAGACUUCGUGGAGGCCUACGUGCUCAAGAACGCCUACAAGGAGAAGAUGAGGCGCAUGGACCAAGCCGAAGCGGCGGCGCUCGACGACGCCAAGAGCGGCAAGGACGACAAGCAUGCCGCCGGCGCCGUUGGAGACAAGAAGAAGGCUGCUGGUGGUGGCGCGAGCGGCAGGGGAGGAUUCUUUGGCCUUAUGAAGAAGAAGGUGCACCCCAAACCCAAAGCGGCGGCGGUGGCGGCUACUUCCUCUUGAUUGUAUUACAGUACUGUAUUUGCCAUGCCACGAAGUUGUAAGCCGCAACUUUCUUCUAGCUAGGAGCGUGUGUGUGUGUUAGUUUGUUCUUCCGAAUCCAAGGAGGGUGUAAAGCAAGUUCUUUUGUUGAUUGGUCAAACAAACUUGACAGAAAUUAUGUCAAGAAUAAUCCUGCAUUA